AUGCCCUUUAAACAGAAGGAGAUGACUCUCUUUCUGAAGAAGUACAGAGUAGAAGUUACGGGAAUAGCUGAGACAAGAGUAAAAGUAAAUAAAGCUAGGAGGAUCACACAAAAGAUAGCAAAGGACUGGCAAGUCAAAUACAACUAUGAUCAUGCCUAUAAUGGUCGUAUUUGGCUACUGUGGAAACCUCAUAUAAAGCUUCAAAUAUUAGAGGUUAAUGCUCAGUUCAUCCAUUGCGAAGUGGAGGGCCCAAAUUGUCAAAAAGGGUUGUUUCUCACUGUGAUUUAUGCAAGAUGGUACUACAUAUGGUGUAACAAAAGAGAUGAUAAUGCAAGAGUAUAUAGCAAGAUUGACUUGGCAUUUGGAAAUUAUAAUUGGCUGAUGAACUAUGGCCAUAUUGAAGCAGAGUAUCUGAAUCCUGGAGUUUCAGACCAUUCACCAAACUUGCUCAAAUGCAACUGUAUAGUACAACAACAGAACUUGCAUCCUAGACCCUUCAAGCUAUAUCAAGCAGUAUUACACCAUCCAGAUUUUGCAGGGAUAUUGAAAAAAGUGUGGGCACAGGAUUAUAAAGAUAUAGGGAUGUCCAGAACAUGGCAGAAACUUAAGAGGCUAAAAGAGGCACUAAGGGAGUUAAAUACUUACAUGACCUCUUAUCAACAAAAGCUUAAUCAAGCCAAGCAGGAAUUGGAAUUAGCACAAUAUAAUAUCUCCCUACAACCAUUAUGCCAGAUCUAUAUAGAACAGGAGAAAGAAGCUUUAAUAGAAGUGGAAAAGUGGAGCAAUGUGGAGGAACAGGUUCUAAGGCAGAAAUCACGAGCCACAUGGAUACAAUAUAGAGAUGUUAAUACAAAAUACUUCCAUGCUCAGUGGAAGAUGCGCAUUAGUGCUAAUACAAUUAAUUCUAUACACAAUGAUGCGGGAAUCAAGAUCAUAGAACCAAAGUAG